AUGUAUUCAAUAAACUUACAUACGUUCCUGUAUUGCCUCCUUCUUGUGCUUCCUGCCCUCUCAUAUGGCAGGAAUCCUCCCGGCAACAAUGCCGUCCUUCUCUCCAAUGUGCAGACGUUGACUCUGCGCGGAAGUCGUCUUACAACCUCUCGCCGUGUUGAUCCCAUCCCCCAGUUAAAAUGCACGGGGCCAUCUAAGAGGAUAUGUGACCUGUAUCCUAUCGAUGUAAUGCGGUGCACCAAUGCAGGCUACGACUAUGAUGAAGAAGACGUCCAAUGGACCUGUACCGCAUCACUACCCCAGGAGUUCAAGCUUGGCUCGACAGAUGUUGUCUGCGAGGGAUACCGAAAUGCAGAUGACAAGUGGGUACUGAAAGGCAGCUGUGGUGUAGAGUACCGACUCUUGUUGACGGAACUUGGAGAGCGAAAAUUUGGACGUGUACGCGAAGAAACCUGGCCUAGAAUGCCGUUGAAUAACAAAGGGAACGGUACGGCUUUAGUAGAUAUACUCUUCUUUGGGUUUUUGGGUGUGGUUUUUUUCGUGAUUCUGGUAGCCAUAUGUGGAGAAUGUUCCGGUUCGCGAGGAAACCGAAGAGGCCGUACUCCUGGUCGUGGGUUUGGUGGUGGUGGUGGCGGCGAUGGUGGAGGUGGAGGUCCCUAUCCUGGGCCUCCACCACCAUAUACCAGCUACCCGGAUAGUAGUUCUUUCGCGUCGGCGCCUGCUGGACAGGGCUGGAGGCCCGGCUUCUGGACAGGUGCUAUGGGUGGUGCUGCGGCUGGCUAUCAGUAUGGAAGAAGAAAUCGCCACGAAUAUCCUUCUGCUACCCGGCGAACGACCUCCUUCGGCAGAUGGAGUGAUGCAAAUGAUCCUGGAGAAGGCAGCUCGCGGUCUCGUUCUCCUCAGUUCUCUACUCCGACUACAAGUACAGGGUUUGGUUCCACAAGGCGUCGGUGA